AUGAAGGACCGACCGCGGCCUAGCAUCCCGAUCACCAGCGCAAAAUAUCUCGUGGACCUUAGUACCUUCACAAUGAAGCAAGGUUGGGAUAUCAAGAACUAUACCAGUGACAUUGGACAAUUAUUUAUGAUGGGGUAUCCGGAGAUUAUUGGUCGGCUUUUUGUCCUCAAUGCCCCGUUAUAUUUUGGAUGGAUGUGGGGUAUUAUGAGGAAGUGGCUAGACCCAGGGACAGUGGGCAAGGUGGUAGUUGUGCCAGCGAGCGAGAUGAUGCCAAAACCGACGAAGUACAUUGAUACGGAGAGUAUUCCGAGUAGAUUUGGUGGAGAGUUUGCCUGGGAACAUGGCACGCCGCUCGACUUGGAUGUCAGGAUUCAAUCUGGCUUAGAGUGGAAAGAAGAGGGGAAAUUGCCACCCGGGCCGAUGAAAUGGGUUCUUGAUGAAUCGGGAAGAAAGACAGCCGUUGUAGUGGGUAGUAUUGAGGGCGUAGCAAGGACGACGAUGAUUGCUCAGGUGAAAUUGGAAGACGAGGCGAUCAGAGUGGGAACCGCGGAGAAGAACAUCAGAAUGACAGGCCUGGAGAGAACGAGGGACGUGGCCAUAGCUACGUUACCAUUUAGAGAUGACAACAACGGAGAUAAUUAG